AUGAUUACUGCGCUUCGGACUUUUCCGUUUCGCUUGGGUAGUACAUUUUUUGAUUUUACAGCUAAAUCACAUUUAACUAUAAGCAAUAGAUGUCCAGAAAUUGUACAAUGCUAUGGAUUAACACAAGAUCCAUCAAAUGGAAGUUAUAUGCUUGUAAUGAAUAAGACAGAUACAGAUUUAAGAAAAUAUUUACAACAAAAUCAUAAUCAACUUGCAUGGAAGGAAAGAAUUCAAAUUGUUGCUGAUAUAAUUCUAGCACUUUUACGAGUUCAUAAUGAGAAUGCAAUUCAUAGAGAUUUGCACUCCGGGAAUAUAUUAUUCAUGGUAUUUGAUAGUAGAUCUUUUAUUAGUGAUCUUGGAUUUUGUGGACCUGCAAAUAAACCGUUAAAAAGUAUAUAUGGAAAUCUUCCUUAUAUAGCGCCUGAGGUUAUUAUUGGAAAAGAACAGACUUUUAAAUCUGAUAUUUAUAGUAUUGCAAUGCUUAUGUGGGAAAUUUCAUCUGGACGACCACCAUUUAUUAAUUAUGAACAUAAUUACGAUCUUGCUAUGAAUAUUGUUAAUGGUAUAAGACCAAAAAUUAUACCAGGAACUCCUUUAGAAUAUAAAGAUUUAAUGAUACAAUGUUGGGAUGCUGAUCCAUCAAAAAGGCCUGAUAUUAUAACACUUCGCAGUAAAAUAAGAGAAAUCAAUUAUUUUUAUCAGAGUAAAUCAAACCAGUCAGAAGAAAAUAAUCAUUUUACAGUAAACCUUUUAACUCCUAUAUUCCUGAUAACAAUUAAGGUUGGUCACUGUAAGUAA